AUCUCGUCGAGUGCUCAUCUCUGCACGGCAGAAUGCAGCGUCGCGCAGCCCGUUGAAACCAUUUCGCAGAGGAAAAGAGAUGACGGCGCCCGAGUUUGCUCCAAAAAGAGCCAGAGGAAAAUGACGUCACAGGGUGAGCUGAGUAAGUCGCCCGCCGAAGUAAGCAGGAACCAACUUCGCCAUGCCUUGGCAUGCCCGCUACAAGGCACCGAUUUCGACUUGCCUAAACCACGAUAUGUUCUGCUGAGGCUCAGCAGCAUUCGUAUCAUGGGUCGAAGACGAGCGCCAGGAACCCGCUCCUCGCCCCCCCCAGCUGAGUUUCGCCCGUGCCGUGACGAUGACGGAGAAAUUUCCAGACGUCGACGAAGAUACCGACAUCACACGAAAGAGCAUUAGUAUCGAGGAAGAAAACGGCUAUUUUGGGCCUAAUGACGCAGAGACUUCCGGCGCCUCGCCGGCGGGACUUCCCCCGGAGGACGCCGUCCCCAGAACCCCGGCGACCGAGCAGCCUCCCUCGCGGGCCGUCGUCGAGGACGCGCCCUUCCUUCCGCUAAGCCGUCACCAGUCGGCCAUCCGCCUUCGCAGACUGAGGGGCCCGGCACUGCCCUCGCAAGCCGACCCAGCCGGGUCCGUCGGGCAAGAAUCACUCCGAGGACGCCGCAGGUCGAGUUCGGAACCCCAGCGACCCGCGAUACCCGCGGCAACAGCAUUGGGUGCGUUACCAACAGUGGCGGAAGCCCCGCCACCUCGGGCUCGAAACCGCAGGUCCGCGUCGGUAAAUUUGCCAGCAAGGCCACCGCUGCCCCAGGGCCAGGCGUUGGAUAGCGACUGUUAUGACUCGAAAAUUGUCGACUUCCUAGACGUUGUUGAUCCCGAGGUUGCCACUCUUUCGUCCAUCACCAACAUCCAAAAUUCUCUCUUCGUUCCCUCCCUUGGAAGAUGGGUAAACCGCAGACCGACAUACGAAUUAACUCAGUUCCCUCAAACGCCCGGCGCGUUUCUCGGGCCGGAAGAGGACAUGAGGGCCGCAGAGUCCACCGCGGCAGGGCAGUCAACCUCGGAGCCUCGCUCACCCAACCUCGCGUCGGUGCUGAGCCAGCCUCAGUACGCCAUCCUUCCCAACGACGCCUCCUUAGAGGGCUGGCCAGAAGAAGACAUCAAAGCCUUGAAUAACUACGUCCGGCACAUGCUACACUCCCGGCGGUCCAAGAUAAAACAGAGGCUCAAGGCGUUUGGAAAAUAUAUUAGGAGACCCCUGGGCUUCCUCGUCACGCUCUAUGCUACGCUGAUAACCCUCUUCGGCCUCGCCUGGGUGCUUUUCUUGAUCGGGUGGAUCUAUGUCGGCCAUCGUCAGUAUUUUGCCAUCCAAGUUAUCGACUAUACCCUUGUCGCCCUGUUCGGUAUCGUCGGCGACGGGCUCGCUCCCUUUCGUGCCAUCAACACGUACCACAUGAUAUUCGUGGCCCAUUACCACCGAAAGACAUGGAAGCUGCGCAAGAAGCUUCUACUCCCUGAGUUGCAAGACAGCAAUGAUCUGCCGACGGCCAGUAGCAACGAACAGUCUGAUCGUGACCUCGAGGAUCAACCUCAGCAAGGAUACAAGAAAAAAGACGAGUUCUUUCCCGUGCUGUCGGAGAAGGAGCAGUCUCGGCUAGUGCACCACCAAACUAAGCUCGCGAAGUCGCACACGUUCUACAAGCCACACGAGACUGAAACACACCACGCCUUUCCCCUGAGGUUUCUAAUCGCCGUCGUACUUCUCCUCGACCUACACAGUUGCUUGCAAAUCUCCCUCGGCAUCUGCACGUGGGCCGUCUCGGCCCAUCGUCUUUCGGCCGCAGUCACCACCACCAUCUUGUGCUGCUCUAUCGCGACCAACAUUGUCGCUGGAACCCUCAUCACGAUCGGCGAUCGUCGGACACGCAAGCGAGAUGUCCUCGAGAGGUUACUAAAGCAGGAUCUAACCGGUGAGGUAAUGAAGAAGAUGAGGAAAAAGAAGGAGAAAGAGGCAGUAAAAGAGGGAGCAAAAAGAGAAAGCAUGGAUGGUGCCGCAAAGCCUGGAAGGUCUUCGUUAACAGCUCAUCUGAGAAUUGCGACGCGGACGGACAAGAAUCGAAAGAGCAAUGAAAACGGAGCAUGCAGCCACGGGCCGGAAGCGUCCCAGAGUAUCACUGGUGCGGAUAGCGAGGACCAGCUCCGUCACGACCGCUCGAGAGCUCAAGGAGCGCCCCCAGGCUCCUGGUAGCCUGCGGGUUGACGACAGGUUCUAAACACGAGAACACGGCGUCCAUUAGAUGUAUUAAUAUAAUAGAGAAUCUCCAUUUCCAAGAAUCUCCAUUUCCAAGAAUCUCUAUUUCUAUGUCAUUUUAUACGCCUUCCUC